CACACAUCUUUUAUCUAAAGGAGCGACUACAUGGCCUCUGUAAUGGAUCUUAUUCAAUGCAAAAAUACAUUGAUAAUUCCCUUGAUUUUGUUACCUCUCAAAAACUGCUCAUGAGACUAUGUUGGAGCAUGAUAUUAUUUUGUGUUUGUUACGAGGCUUUCCUGCUGAAUAUGCCUCUCUCAAGCAAAAUGUCCGGACAAACAUCGACUCUUUGACCUUCAAUCAAGUCUCUUCAUGGUUAUUGUCUAAAGAAUUAAAUGUUCAACUUGAACAAAAAUUACACCAAUGCUAAACGUGGAGGAGGUUGCGGAUGAGGCCGCAGUGGCAGUGGGUAUCGGACCAGGGGCCGUGGCAUCCAAUUCGGCGGUCCUGGGGGACAGCAGCCUAGUGACGGUUGACUGUACUACAACAGUGACACUGGCGGUCGACCGUUCCCUACAAGAGGACCAGACAGCCAGAGUCGUGGACAACACAACCAAUCAAGUGCUUUUCAAGGGUCCCUGUGAGCAUGGUCUGCACUCAAUUCCAUCGUCAAUUCCUUAUGUGGUGAUCAAUGCUGUCAAGAUGUGCUGGUAUGGUGUAUAUAGUGCAACUGCGUUGCAAUGGCAACCGCGGUUCACGGGCAAAGGAUUGAGGCCACAUAAUGAAGGUCUGCAAGUGGUAUGUUAUGAAGGACUUCCAAUACAUUUGAGGAAAAUAAGUGGACAUGCUGGCGAUGGUGGUGCCAGAGGAGCAGGAGCUGCAGGAGCAUGUUAAAAAAAUUCUGAUAAUAUUAUCACAUUUUUCUCUUUGGUUGAUAUUUUACUAUAUUUAUGUGAUUGAACGUUUUGAAUUGGUUAGUCAUUUGUACUAUGCAAGAUUAUAUUUUUAAUGAGUUAGUGUUUAUAUGAAUUGAUUCUUGUUAUUUUCUGUGAAUUUGUAGUGUCUUGUGACUUAAGUUACACCCCUAACAAUAUAAAUUAGAUUUUGUG